AUGUCUACUGAAAAAGUAUCUUUUUGUCUCAACUGGCAGGCCACGCCCUACCAUAUCCCCGUGUACCUCGCUCAAUUGAAGGGCUACUUCAAGGAGGAAAACGUGGAUGUUUCUAUUUUGGAGCCUUCCAACCCAUCCGACGUCACUGAGCUUAUCGGCUCUGGCAAGAUCGACAUGGGACUCAAGGCCAUGGUCCACACCUUGGCUGCCAAGGCACGUGGUUUCCCUGUCACUUCUGUGGGCUCUCUUUUGGACGAACCUUUUACCGGUAUUUUGUACUUGGAAGGUUCUGGCGUCACUGACGAUUUCAAGUCCUUGAAGGGCAAGAGAAUCGGCUAUGUUGGCGAGUUCGGCAAGAUCCAGGUGGACGAGUUGACCAAGCACUACGGCAUGUCGCCAGACGACUACACUGCCGUCAGAUGCGGCAUGAACGUGGCCAAGUACAUCAUCGAGGGUAAAAUCGACGCUGGUAUUGGCAUUGAGUGUAUCCAGCAGGUGGAGUUGGAGGAGUACCUCAAGGAGUCAGGCCGGUCCGCCUCCGAGGCCAAGAUGCUCAGAAUCGACGAAUUGGCCGAGUUGGGCUGCUGCUGCUUCUGCACCAUUCUCUACAUCUGCAACGACACCUUCUUGAAAGAGAACCCCGAAAAGGUUCGCCGCAUCAUGAAGGCGCUCAAAAAGUCCACCGACUACAUGCUCUCCAACCCCAAGGAGGCCUGGGACUUGUACUGUGACUUCAAGCCGCAGAUGACCUCCAAGCUCAACGGCAAGAUGUUCGAGCGGUGCUUUGCCUACUUCUCCGACUCCUUGUACAACGUGCACCGUGACUGGAGAAAGGUCAAUGCAUACGGCAAGAGAUUGGACAUUUUGCCUGCCGACUAUGAGCCCAACUACUCCAACGAGUAUCUUUCCUGGGAGGAGCCUGCCGAGGUUGCCGACCCAUUGCAGGCUCAGAAGUUGAUUGGCAAGAUCCAGGAGGAAUGUAAGGCUUGCGGAGGCUACAGACGUUUGGACGCCAGCGUUGUGGGUGCUUCUGCUUAG